AGUACAAGUAACAACAGCUGAAACCGAAACCAGAUUUUGUGAACCAGCUCCUGACAAAGGCAAUGGACUGACAAGAUUUAACCAUGAGAGAAUCGGAAAAAACACAGCUCUAAGAUACCAGUAAUGGCGGAAUGAAGGCUUGGAUAGCAAGGCCAUGAAUUUAGAGCCUUUGUUGCCGUGUUGAUAGAACCUAUACUGGGAGUACAGAUAGCAAGAAAAUCCACAAUGUCAGAUACACAUCAUAGAUUCUGGAUGAACUUCCUUCUGCCAUAUACAUUGAUGGGCAGUAUCAUUGGAGAAGAAUGUUCAUUGCCUUAUAGACUUUCCCUCUUUGACACAAAGUUAGAUUUAAGUCACUGUAAUGUAACUAGACUCCAACCAAGUAUCUUUCAGACAUACCCGUAUGUGAACGUCCAGAUCUUGGAUCUUUCUUAUAAUGCACUUGAAGAAUUCGAUUUCUCAGUCUUCCAACAUCACACUUUUCUACAACAAUUGGACAUCUCACACAAUAAGCUGCGGACUAUAAAUUGCAGCACCCUAAAGUAUAUCAGAGGUAUCACUCAUCUAAAUAUGUCAUACAAUUUUUUUAAAACCACUUUCCUAUGCAAGGAAUUUGCCAUCUUAACAAAAUUAAGACAUCUUGGAUUGAGUGUGACAAGGAUAGAUCGAAAUAACUUCAUGAAUAUUGCACACCAACAAUUGGAUACUGUAUUUUUGGGGUUUGAACAUCUCGAGCAAUAUGAAUCUGGAAGCCUCCAGUUGUUAAAUACAGAAAAGCUACAUGUGGUUUUACCUCAGACAUUGACAGACUCAACACUUUUAUACAAUGAUUUUAACAUUUCUACAAUACUGGAAAUCUCUAAUAUACUAUGUGAAGCAAAUUGUGAUUUUACAGUUAGAGAUAUCAGCAUGAUAAUCCAGAAAUCAAAGGUGUCCAAGCUCAUUCUCAGCAACAUCACAAUGCCAUGGCAUGAAAUGGCCAAAAUUCUACAAAUUUGCUGGCGUUCAACAGUCGAGCAUCUGUUCAUCUAUAGGUUUACUCUGAUAAAACAGUUUAAUUAUGAGUAUAUUGACUUUUCAAAGGGUUCACUAAAGUCUUUGACAUUUGAAAAUAUUAUUCCACUAGUUUUCCUUUAUAGUUCUUCUAUACAUCCUUUGUUCAUAUUUUCACAAAUGUCUGUAGAGAACCUCACCAUUUCAGAUGCUGAAAUUACACAUUUCUCUUGUCCUCCAUCGCUUAGUAUUUUCCAGUCCCUAAUACUGACCAAUAACAGAAUCGUAGAUGGUAUUUUUACAGGUUGUAAGACUCUAACUAAUAUUCAAUUCCUAAAUUUGCAAAAUAAUAUAUUAGAAAGACUAUCAUUUAUAACAUCCAUGACGUCCACAAUGAACACUCUAAAGCACUUAGAUGUCAGUGGUAACAGACUGUACAGUGAUUUCAAUGCCAUAUGUGAAUGGUCACAAAGUCUUCAUUUUCUAAACCUUUCUAGAAACAAAAUAACAGAUUCCAUCUUUAAUUGUCUGCCCACCAACCUUGAGGUCCUUGAUCUCUCCAGCAACCAAAUAUCAAGCGUCAAAGACAUUAACCAUUUAAAAGCUUUGAAGGAGCUAUACUUGUCAUCCAACCAACUAAGCCACAUACCGGACUGCAGUUACAUAAGUAAGAACUUAAUACACUUGAACAUUGAUGAAAACUUAAUACAUUCCCCAUCCAAGGAACAACUUACGAAAUGCCAAAAUGUUAAGCAGAUAGUCUCUGGAAAAAAUAAAUAUCAAUGUAAUUGUGAAUUAAAAGCCUUCAUUAGUACUGCCGAAAUCUUACAUGAGAACCUCAUAGGAUGGCCUCAAUCUUUCAUGUGUGAGUAUCCAGAAGAAUUCAAAGAUGUUAUCCUUAAGGAUUUCCAACCUUCUGAAAUAUCUUGCAACGUAUUCAUUUUAGUAGGUCUCAUUGUUGGCACUAUGGUGGUGCUACUGAUCGUCAUGUUUUUUCUAUGCAGAUAUUUUGAUUUGCCAUGGUAUAUUCGAAUGAUUUUUCAAUGGCUUCGAAGAAAGUACAGGAUAAAACGUAUUAAGAAUGAUGAAACUAUGGUGGACAAACGUUUUCAUGCAUUCAUCUCAUACAGCCAUGAAGACUAUGAGUGGGUGAAAAAUGCAUUGAUUCCAAACCUUGAAAAAGGCGAUAACUCCAUAAAACUUUGCCACCAUGAAAGACAUUUUAUGCCAGGUAAAACAAUAGUUGAAAAUAUCAUCAACUGCAUAGAAAGAAGUUUCAAGUCUAUCUUUGUACUCUCUCCAAAUUUUAUUCAAAGUGAAUGGUGCCAUUAUGAGCUGUAUUUUGCACAGCAUUCAUUAUUUGGCAAGAAGUCUGAUAAUUUAAUUCUUAUUUUAUUAGAUCCAAUACCCCAGUAUCUUAUUCCCAGCAAGUAUAGUAAAUUAAAAGCUAUCAUGAAACACAGGAGUUACACGGAGUGGCCAAAGGAGAAAGGCAAACAUGGGCUAUUUUGGGCUAAUCUCAGAGAAGCCAUUCAAGCAAAUAUCCCUUUGGAAGAUGAAGAAGUGUUUGUAUUUACUUGAGUAUUUUAUAAUCAACAAGUAGGAAUAUUCACCAUUGAAGGAACUGUCUACAUCUAAGAGGCGAUGAUAAGUUAUAAAGCAUUGGGAUCUUCAGAGGUAAAAAUGUAAAAACAAUCUUACAAGAAUUCAUCUGAAACCGAUAUCCUUAUAUAGUCUGCAUUAAGGCUUGCAGAGUGUGCGACACAACUGGAAAUUGGUGUUCAGCCACCAAAAUUUUUUGUAUAAGCAAUUAAAUUCUGCAUCCAAGUUGCUGAUAACGCUCUAGUACCUAGGAGACAACUAGAUCUGUCCAUUCAACAGCCAUCUACACUCAACGUCAAGGACACAUUCUGAAACCCUGCCUUGGGCACCUGCCCCAUUCCUGGUUUGGGGAUCAAAUUGAAAUAAAAUAAAGAUUAUGAUACUCA